UAAUCAUUGACAGUGUGUAUCAGACGGAUUAAAGAUGAAGACGUCGAUUUCAUUGAUAGCCGAGUUCUGCUUCUUCCAAUUGUGCUUGUGUCAGUUGAAGCAUUAUGUCCUGGAGGAAGGAGAUUUGUUCCGUUUUUCCUGUGACGUCAGUGUUAACCCACUGCAUUUGGUGUUUGAUCCCGUGUUCUUUAGUGUCACAAAGGGUACAGUGAUGACUGGAAUAGCGAUCAACACAGACGUUGACCAAGCGAGCGGGUUUCAACUUCAUCACUUUACAGUGGGACCAGACAACAGUACCUAUGUAAUAGAAAUAUCAAAACGUGUAACACUGGCAGACUCAGGGAACUAUACAUGUGGAUCAAAAGUAACAUACCACAAAACAGAAACGCUCAAGGUUAUGAAAGGUGAUGUCGGUCAUACAUCUCUAACACUACAUAAACUUGAUCGGGAGGUGAUAUCUGAAGCGGGAGUCACAGUGUACAGAGAUUCAAAUGCACCUGACCUUCCGUUACAGGAAGUUAACAUCACAUCUGGUACCUAUAGACUAGUUUGUGCCACACAAAGACAAGAUCUUAAUAUAUCAUACACUAUUUUGAUAAACGGCCUUAAAAUUGCCCGCACAUCAACUGUGGAAGUCGAGCUAAGCUCUGAAGACAGAAAUGUAGCCUGUCGCGUGAGAACAACAGAUAAAUUCACAGACACCCACACCAUCGGGUUUUCUACCAAUGUUCAUGAAGGCAUUGUACCAACUGUAUCGUGUCGGCCACAUCAAUGGGUAAAAGGACAGAGGGACCAGGUGGAAUGCCGUGUGACGGGAGUUGACUGUAAUGCCAUAUCACUCGAUACCGAUCCGUUUCCGACAGGGCAGAACAAUGACGCCAUGGUUUUAUCGUGCCAGAAAAACCAGUCAACGGAGGAAAUGACGAGUAUUCUACAAGUAUCACAUGAAAACAUUCCGGAGACAUUCUUCAUCAAAGUAAAGGGGCUUCUAGAAGACUUCCGGUUUGAAAUCAAAUCACACAUACCACCCCGCUACACAGCUUUGACGAGUACUGCGGAUAGCACGGGUUCUCAGUACAGUUUCGCCUUUAAAGCUAUCGUCACGACAUUGUUGAUGCUUCCAAUUGCUACAAUUCUGGAGAUGUUUCUAAUAUAA